CGCCGCAAUCUUGUUGCGAGUCCCUUGUGGCAAUGGCAAAUUGGCAAUUGACUCGGACGACCAUCGCGGUCAAAGACACAUACUUGCGUAGUCUCAUACGAAGGCCCUUCACGAGCUCAGAGCGAAAGGCUUGUGUCGAACCGACGCAUCAGCAUACGACCGACUCCUCUGGGCUGCACUGGCAGGUAUCUUGUCAUGGGGGAACUCAACAUACGGAAGGAGUGGAUGGAUUCACUAGUGCUCUUUGACGGACCAUACUGACUGGUUUAACAUGGACCCAUUGAUAAUUACUAGCCGUCCUUCAGGCCUCCAUAUCUAUAGUGAACCGAAGACAUGCC